UAGAAAUAUACGACCUACAAUCCGAUCAGUGUUGGAUGUUCACGAUCAACAAGCGACUUUCAUUGUCAUUGACUGAUAAUGUGCUACAUGUUGCAGAACCAGAUAAGUACACUAGUGAUGUUAUAAUAAUAAAAAAAAGAAAAAUUAGAAGACUUAAAGAACUUUGUAAUCGAGUAGCUGUUACAUCGCAUUUUUGGAGUCCUAUAAGGAAUGCAUUUUAUGAAUUCAGUGACUACUUUAGGUUAAUUACAAUAUAUUCGAUAAUAGUCUCUAUAAUGUUUGUGUGUAUAUGCUUUUAUGGAUUACCAACAUUUGAUAAGUCAGAUGCCUUAGAACCUCAUGAUGGAUAUCACUUUAGUCAAGAAAUAAAUAUAGUGGGUUUCGUGUCUUCUCUAAUUGUUUUUAUAAUACAUUCGCCAUUAGUUUUAUUGUACAAGUAUGUGUAGUCAAACAUACGUUAACUAUAGAUACUGUAAAAUAUAAUUUUAGACACCAUGCAAGGAAGAGGAAUCUUAAAAAAGAACACUUUUGCAGACCUACUAUUUGGAUUUUACUUUGUGUGAACUUAGUGAUACAAAAUUCACUUUUGUUAGUUUUUGGAUUUUGGGUGCCAGUAAUAACAAGUUACAUGUGGUUAACAUCCUGCGGAAUGGCCUUAUUAUAUUACAUUAUUUUCUUUGAAAAUAUCAUAAAGAUUAUUGCAUAUAAAAAAAUGGAACAGUACUCAUUAAGGCCAGGAUUAAUUAAAGAGAAAUACUCUGAUUUGCUGGAUGCAAUAGAAUCUCAGAGAAAAGAAAUCUAUAAACGAUUUGGUCACUUAGGACUUAGGCCUUUCUUGUUACACCUAUAUUCUCCGAUAGAAUCAGAGGAAAUUAUUGAGAAGAAGAGUUUCUUGAAAGAUAGAAUAAGAGCACUGGAAUUGCUACAGGAUUUGAUCAUGUUUUCCUUAUACAUUCUCAUAUUAUACAUGUUAAUUUUAGCCAAUCGAGAUAAAAUGACAAUUUACAAUAAUCAGGCAAUUAACAGCAUUAUAAAAGGUGAAUUUGAUUUGAAUACAGACAUUUCCAACGUAGCUACAAUAAAGGACGUUAAUCAUUUCAUAAAAAAUGUGUUAAUUGAGGGACUCCAAUCACCAACUUGGUAUUCGUACUACACUAUAAAUAAUCCAGGAUAUUCAAAAGACAAACACAAUUCCAUAAUUGGUAUUGGCAGAUUUAGACAACACAGAGUAACGCAUAAUAGUUGUACCGUGCCUAACAAUAUGAAAUAUUUGAAGGUAGCUUGUACACCUUCAUACCAUAAAGCUCCCGAGUUUAGAAACUUCACUAAACAUUGGAGUUUAAAGGGUAAUGUUGCAGACAGACUGCAGGAAAUAUGGAAACACCUUAAUGCUAGUUUCGAUGGAUCAAGUCCAUACAAAGGACACAUUUCUUCAUAUCCAAAAGGGGGAUAUACUGGUCCACUUGGUAGAACCUAUCGUAACUCACACAUCAAUUGGAAGUACAUGACAAGCAAUAAGUGGGUGGAUAAUGCAACAAGAGCUUUGAUCUUCGAAAUCCUUUUCUACAACGUAAACUCAAAUUUAUUUAGCGAAGCAGCAAUAUUUUUUGAAAUUGGUCCUGAAGACUUUGUAACAGUGGCUUUUAAGACGGUAACAGCUCGUCUUCUGUUUGUAAACCAAGAAUCCAAUUCAAUGACCACAGUAGCGACCUUCGCUUUUAUGGUGGUUUUAGUAUUAUUCUCCUUGAAAAUUGCAACCAAUAUAAUUAUGAGACGAAAAGUUUUGUUCCGGACAUUCAAUUUCUGGCUAUUAAUUGAUGUAAUCAUAAUUAUAUUGAGCUUUGGAACUUUAGCUUUAACCCAACAUCGUGCUUAUCUCGUGAAAAACUUUCUGGCACAAAUUGAGAUAUCGAAGCAUAACUCCUUCAUUGAAUAUUUCAAUUUAUUUAAGGUUGAAACAUACUUAACUUACAUAGCUGCUUUCUUAGUUGGUACUGCGACAAUUAGACUUUGGAAACUUUUGCGAUUUAUGAUAGUAUUUAGAAUUAUGGAGAGAACCGUUUUGCUAUCGAUAAAACCAAUCUGCGCGUUGCUGGUUUGGCAUUUUAUUAUAUUAUUAAUGUUUACUUAUCCUGGUGUCAUAUUAUUUGGUCAAACUUCCAAACAUUUUAAAUCAAUUACUGAUACUGUUAUCACACUCCUUUUGUGUUUCAUUGGUCAAAACGGCUCGUUAGAUCCAAACAAGGUGUUUCGAAAUCAAUUUCAACAAGCCUAUUACAUGAGUUACAUGAUAGUCAGCAUUUCCAUUUCUGCAAUUUAUGUUUCUAUAGUUAUUAUAAGUUAUCAGCAGGCCCAGAGAGAUUUUUCCAAUAUUGAACAAUACACCCUAAAAGAAUAUUUAAUAGAAAAAUGGGGCAUAAUAUGGGAGUUAAUAAGGUUCAGGUGUAGGAAAACACGAGUAAGGGGGGGUUCAGAUACAGAACCAAAAAUAUUCCAAACAGUAUAUCCUAAAGCCGAUGAACACAGAUAUGCCAAAUGUAUUUCCAUAACCAAACAACGAAUGGAGCAAAUGAAUUUAAUUGUGCAAUGCAUUUUGAAAAAUGAAGAUUUAAACUACACGCUAAGCAAGGAAGAUGUGGAGUUGAUAAAUAAAACGAUAUACGCUUUUCAUUCGGAGGAGAAAGAUGACGAGAAAGAUCUUUUCUUUCUAGACAACUUGGAUGAUAACAAAGUCAAAGUUAUAGAUGAUUACAAGAUGUUGAAGAUGGAGCAAAUAUGCAGCAUGAUUUUAGAUACGGAGGAACAAAGAAAACAGAAGGAGGAACGGAAACAAAUAGAGCUACGUGAAAAAGCGCUUCGCCAUCAUGAAAAACAGUUGGAUUACUUAAGGGAAUACUUGACAGGGUUGGACAGGAUUGUCACAGAAUUAACAAUUAAAUAUAAGAAAACUAAUUGAAGACGCUUCAAUAGCUUCAUAUAGUUUUGGGGCUUUGAUGUCUUAAAUAAUUAAAAAAUAAUCGAAUAUUUUUCCAUGACCUAUUUUAAUUACCACUGUUUAUUUAACAGACUAUUAUUUCUAAAGAGACUUAUCAUCAAGACGGAUGUUUUGUAGUUAUAUUUAUUUAGCCUACGUAAACAGUUGUAUUGACUUAUGCUAAAUAUCGAAAACAU